CAGUGUCAGUGUCGAGUGUCAACUUAUUAGACGAAUGCUGUUUUAGUUUUUCGAUGUGUAGUUUUGAUUAGUUUUUGUUUUCUGUUUUUAAUCCGGUGAUAAUAAUAAUAAAAAAAAUAGGCUGGGAGUAGAAAUGGAUGGAUUACUGGUUCCAGGGCUAGUCGCUUGUCUGUCGAUUUCUUAAUGGUGAAUUAUCAAUCUCUUCUACACUUUAGGCGCAAAAGAGUUGAGAAUCUCUCUUUGGACGGUUCUUGGAAGAACCUUGUCAUAGCCCAUAGUAUCAGUUAUAAAUCAUUUCCAUAGGGAUAGAUCUUUCUGCACAAAUUAUAAUUAGCUAGGCCCCUAUAAAACAUUUAGUCAUGACACUCAACAAUCUGUUGCUGAUCAGUCAACUGUCAGCUUAUGUUAUUGCCUUUAUAUUAUCAUUAUGCGUUACAAUACCAAUGAGUUUUCAUCAACAAGAGUUUAGGGGUCACUGUCUGCUUUUCUCGAAUGGAACCUGGACGGAUGAAGGACAACUGGCUGUCAACUGGGCAUCUCAAGCAUAUUGCAACUACACUAUAUUUGUGGGAUUUCUCCUAUCAGUGGUGUCUGUUGUCCAGAUAUAUAGAAUGUCAAUGUUUUUAUACAAGGAAACUGAUAGCUCCUUCCUCUCCGCCUUCGUGGAUGUGGUGGCAAGUCUGAUGCUAUGUGCUAUGACUGUAGCUGCAGCUCUGAUGAUCACACUGGGCUUCAUGGUUUGGUGCCAUGACAUGACUGAAAGAUUCCCUUCAUGUGAAAUCGCUGCUGGCAAUGCAUUUGAUAAACUGGAUGGUAUUGAUACAGCAAAUUUCUACAUAGAACUUGGAACUGCUCAGUUUGGUGCUUGGGCUUCGAUGGCUUGCUGGGUCGGACUCUCAGUGUUUGCAACACUCAAACUCUGCCGCUAUCAUCAACUAGAGAACAUGCGAGUGUCUAUGUUCAGAGAGAGACAACGCCUUGUCAAUGAGGGGAGUGGAAUUAUCAAUGACAUCUCGGCCACUACUGUACCUGUACCUGCACAAAUAUAACCAGCAAUACAAACACAAUCUGUAUAUAGCCUUACAUUACCUACGCUGCUAACUGGUUAAUAUGUUUAAAUUGUUGCAUGAAAUGAUAAUUUUAACAAAGAGUCUUUCUUCAAAGUCUAGCCUAUAUGCAUGUCCUUUUAAGACAUUUGGAGCCAAGAAACAAGUCUAAAUCAAAAUUUUAGAUGAAAUGAUUUUCAUGGAGAUUUUAAAUACAAUUUUUUUACAUUUUUAAUUGUUACUUUUGUUUUUGUAGACUAUUCUAUUUUAUUCCUUCUCAAAGUUAAGGUCUGUAGGGCUUUAAAAUUGUCCCACUGACUUAAAAUACCAGGAUUCUAGCAAUAGUAAAAAAGUAACUACAUUUGAUUUGGACUAGAGUAUACACUUACUAUACAGGGGUGGUGAAAAGUCCCGGGACGGCUUAAUAUUUUCUUAACCGUUACUACAGAUGUAGCUAUACAAGCUGGUACACUGUUACUGGACAUAAAACCCUUACUACAACUUCAAUGAGCUGCUACCACUUCAUGGGGACGGUCCACAAGGAUUUGGAAGAAGAUCUUAAAUAGAAGUAUAGGCUGA